UUGGGCACAGGGACAUUGGCUCAGGACUACAAUUCCCACAAUGCCCCGCGGCCUCCACCAAUCAGAGCGUGCCGUGCUGGUGUCGUCAGAGCUCCCGGCGGACCAUUGGCGACGGAGGGCGAAUCAGGAGCGGCGUUGGGACGAUGCGCGGCUGUGUUAUGGUUCGAAACCAUGGAUGUAUGAUGUAGUGACCUCUGUUUAAAACAACUCCAUCAUGAACAUGGACCUUUGGAAAACAAUCUCAGUAGCCAAGAAGGAGAAGCACAGAAAUCUGUACCUAAAUUACAAGAACCUUCGCAAAUUCCCACACGAAUUAUUGAAAGAUGGUGGCUCACAUCACUUAGAACAUCUCUAUAUGAAGAUGAAUUCAUUAACAACACUGCCUGAAAACCUUGGACAGAAACUUCCAAACCUUAUUGAACUAUACUUGCAUUCCAAUAACAUAGAAGUCAUUCCAGGAGCAAUUGGCACGUUGGUUAAACUUCAAUCAUUGGAUCUUAGUAAUAACGCGUUGGCAAUCAUUUGCCCUGAGAUUGGUCAGCUGAAAGCUUUGAAGCAUCUGCGGCUCACAAACAACCAAUUGCGAUUUCUUCCAUCAGAAAUUGGAGAUCUAAGGGAACUGCAGACCCUCGAUGUCUCAGCCAACUGCUUGACUGUGUUGCCAGAAAGUCUACACUUAUGCGUUUCUCUUGAGUAUUUGGCUGCUGAUCGGAACCAGCUUAAAGAUUUACCUCGGCAACUUUGCACGCUUCCAAACUUGAAAGAACUCUCCGUAACUAGCAACAAGUUAAAAUGUUUACCACAAGAUCUGGGGCGAUAUGCAGAACUGCAGUAUGUAUAUGUAGACAACAACUUUCAACUAUAUGGACUACCUUCUUAUCUCUAUACCAAGGUUGUUGGACAUAGUGGUUGUGGAUCCUCAACACAUGAUGAAGAAGUGAAGCUCUUGUUCACUUAUAGGCAGAUGUCCAUCCCUCUGCCGGAUGAAAUCCUUCGAAUAGGAACAGAAAACGACCCUGUGCCAACCCUCCAGGAAAUGGUCAUGAGAACUAUCUAUAGGUUUUUCAGAAUAUCUGAGAAAGGUCUGGAUCUCUUGUCCCCAAUCUCAUUACCAAGAAAUCUGUACAAGUUACUAUUCUACCCACUGGGACAUUGCCAUCACUGCAGCAGGCCAAUGUUUACCAUUGUCUACCCAAAGUGUUAUCCUCUGAUGGAGACUCCGAUGGCUGCCUUGUAUAAUGGGAGGACAAAAAUCAGCUUUGUAGCAUACUGUUGUUCUAUCAAAUGUCUACAGCUUUUUGACUUGCUCAGCUGAUAUAUCUCAUGAUGAUCAAUGAAUCCGUGCCAGCACUUGGAAGAGACAUUUGAAGGUGGAAACUCCCUCUGACUUGCACAGCUCCUCAGUGAGACCUUUAUGAUUUUCAAAAAUUGUGCCAAGUUUUGAGAAAACUUUGUGAUCCCUUUCAAUUUGUACUAAAAACGAUUCCACCAAGUAAUGUGAAAUCUUAAUUUUAAUGAAAAUUACUGUCUCAGUUAAAAAUCAAGAUGGUUUGAGAAUCUGCUACCCGUAAACUGAUCAAUAACGCAAGCACCAGGGAAAAUCUGAAACUAUCAAGUGAAACCCAUUUUGGUUUAAUUACUUCAAGACCAUAGCAAAGUUUGUGUGAAGUGUUUAAUUGCAGAAUUUGGAUGGACAUAAUACUUUGCGCUUUCUUUCGUUCUCAAAACCUAGAGAUUACUUUUGAUUUGCUGAUAAUCUGCAAUUUUAUUCUCAAAUUAAAUACAUAGUGAAAUAGUUACAAGCAAAUUGUAACCAACUACCACUGCAUUGGAUGGGUGGUGGGGAGGGGGGGGGUGUGGUUGUUAGUAUUUCUAUGACACAGUCUAUAUGGAAACACAAAUAGCUGUAACCUGGGGGACGAAUGUAAUAAUUCUGCAACGAUUCAGGUUGGAAGGUCAGUUAUAAAUAGUAUUAUUUAUUUCUGGUUGAAUAACCAGUUCCAAAAAUUACAAUUAACAAAUAAAUUGUCAACUAUUCAAGUUUUGGUUUUGAGUAUCGCCGUUUUACAGGAACAGUUAGCAUUUUGCAAGGUUGCUGAAGUGUAGUAAUGGGGUCGUGUGCCAGUUGCUACUUGUUCAUUAAAAUCAUGUGGAAUUGGAGGUCGGAAUGACACUCUCGGGGUGUUAUAAAACUGUUCAGACUAUUGCUUGUUGGCUUUGAUCCCUCGUGUAGACAAAUUAAACUGAUUGUGUCCAUUGUAUCAAUAGAAAGCAUAAAACGUUUCACUCCUGAAGAGAGUGUGUAAAAUAAAUCACGAGUGGUGAUUGUUAGCUGCAGUUGAAAAAAAAUAAUGACCGAAAUGCACAGAUUUUGAAGCAGGAUUAAACUGCAUCUGCUUACUCCUGGGUUUAUUAUGUGCAGUGUAAGAACGGAUUUAGGAUUGGUUUUAAGGGAGGAUUACAAACUAACCUGGGCAUUUCUCAAUCAGAGCAGAAUAAAUUUACUUUUCUUCAAAAUACGAAGGAGUCAUUGUUCUUCGAGAUUCCGGAGGCAGAGCCAGCCAGGGUUUACCAACGCACGGCUGGCCGACUCGGGGCUGAGGCGGUGUUCCGGCAGCGGCGACACGACUUCAGAGGUUCGGCCGCGGGCCCAGUGGACGACAUCGUCGGGAGCUCGCAGGUCACAGGUUGGUGACCUGUUUUUCCAGAGCUCCCGCGGCAACAGCUUCGUCCGCUGGACUGGAGAGCGCAGCUUCGACCGCCUCGGGCCGCGGAGUUUGAACCGGCCCGUUCGCGAAGCACGGUUGAGCCGCGGGACUUACCAUCACCCAGUGGGGUCACAACAUCGGAGGCCUGGAUUGCCUCAGCGCAGAGGUAGAACAAGGAGGGAAGAGACAAAAACUUAAGACUUUUGCCUUCCAUCACAGUGAGGAGGUGGCUGGUGGACUCACUGUGGUGGAUGUUAAAUUUGUGUUUAUUGUGUGUUUUGUUAUUUUACUAUAUGUAUGACUGCAAGGCAACAAAAUUUCGUUCAGACCGAAAGGUUUGAAUGACAAUAAAGGAUACUUUGACUUUG